AUGGAGGAACUAGCCAUUGAGCCGCACGGCAUCUUCUUGGAGCAAGAUUUCAUUACCCCAGAGCAUGAGCAAAACCUCGUCCACAUCUUCCGCGAACAGCUGGAGUGGCCUGACCGCACCGGCCGCAUCUCUCUCCAUUUUGGCUACACUUUUGACUACAAAACCUUCGGUGUUGACCCGAACAUCCCAUUCCAAGAGUUUCCAGAUUGGCUCAAGCCACUCAUCCCCACUCACGAGAGCCGUCCCCCAGAGCAAGUCUGCCUGCAGCACUACCCACCCGGUGCCGGCAUUCCGCCUCACGUCGACACCCAUUCGACAUAUGACCAGCUGUAUGCCCUGUCCAUAGGGGCCCCGGUAUUCAUGCAAUUCAGAAAGGGAGAUCGUCGGGUUGAUGUCGAUCUGGCGCCUCGCAGCCUAAUGAAGAUGUCUGGAGACUCGCGGCUGCACUGGACUCAUUCCAUAAAGAAACGCAAGACUGAUCUUCUCGACGACGGGACUGUGCGGCUGCGCGAGGAUCGCUGGAGCAUUACUUAUCGUUGGCUUAGGCCUGGCGCCGAAUGUCACUGUGGCAAUCUGGAGCUCUGCGACUCUGCCCAGAAGCGGAUAGGUGUCGAGCGUGAAUAUCGCUGGAAGCAGUAUGAGGCAAACCAAGACACUAUCGCCCCGGAAGCGACGGCUGAGUCAAAUCAGGGACUCCCGCCUGCGCUAUGA